UUAGCAACACCUAUGAAUACAUCUGUCUCUCCACAUUUCUUGUUUUUAAGGCAUUAACUCUAUCUUUAUUUCCACUUAUAAUGUUCACACCCAACUAACUAUUGAUUUCUAAACCGUUUUUAGCUUUCUAAUUUAUGAUUAUCACUUUGGAUUUGACUUCUCAAAUCUUUAUAUAGACACACCAAUCCCAUUUUCCAUUUUCAAUCUAAAUCCAAACCCCAAAUCAUAAAGAAAAGAAAAGAAAAGAAAAGAAAAAACAUAGCAAGAAAUAUAUAUAGAAGCUGAUUCUUGAGUGUAUACAGAAUGGAUAAAGAAAGAUUAACAGCUGAAAUGGAAUUUAAAGAUUCAUCAUCAUCAUCAUCAACAUCAAUUGUGAUCAAGAUCAAGAAAAGCUUACCUGAUUUCUUACAAUCAGUGAAGCUAAAAUAUGUUAAACUGGGUUACAAGUUAACAUGUGAUUAUGCAACAAUUCUUAGAUGGUUUGUAGUUAUACCUCUCUUUAUAGCUGCAACGAUUCAACUCACUGGUAUACGAUUCGACCAAGUUUCUGAUUUAUGGAGGAGUCGAGGAGCUGUUGAUAUGGCUGCUGGGUUAACUGGUUUCACAGUCUUACUCUUUAUCUUAACUCUUUAUUGGGUUAAGCGGCCUAGACCGGUUUACUUGGUGGAUUUCUCUUGUUUCAAACCAGAUGAUAGUUUGAAAUCUACCGUCGACGCGUUCAUUAAGAUGACGGAAGAUCAUGGGUCAUUCGACGAACAAACUAUUCAGUUUCAGAAACGGAUAGCGACCCGUUCUGGUUUAGGUGAUGAAACAUAUGUACCGAGUGCUAUUACUUCGAGACCACCAAAUUUGAACAUGAAAGAAGCUAGAGCGGAGGCUGAAAUGGUUAUGUUCCGUUCAUUAGAUACUCUUUUCGAGAAAACCGGUGUUCAUCCGAGUCAAGUCGGUAUACUUAUAGUGAAUUGCAGUUUAUUUUGUCCAACUCCAUCUCUUUCGUCAAUGAUUGUGAAUCAUUACAAAAUGAGAACAGAUAUUAAGAGUUUUAAUCUCGGUGGAAUGGGUUGCAGUGCAGGGUUAAUAUCCAUCGAUCUAGCCAAGGACUUACUGAAGGCGAAUCCGAAUACGUAUGCAGUUGUUGUUAGCAUGGAGAAUAUAACGUUAAAUUGGUAUUUUGGAAAUGAUAAAUCUAUGCUUUUGUGUAACUGCAUAUUUAGAAUGGGUGGUGCAGCAGUUCUACUCUCGAACAUGAAUCGUGAUCGAGCUAAGUCGAAAUACGAGCUGGUUCAUACGGUUCGAACUCAUAAAGGUGCUGAUGAUAAUAGUUAUAAUUGUGUUUACCAAAGAGAAGAUGAAGAGGGAAAUGUUGGUGUAUCUCUAGCUAGGGAAUUGAUGGCUGUUGCUGGUGAUGCUCUGAAGACGAAUAUUACUACUCUUGGUCCAUUGGUGUUACCGUUCACCGAGCAGUUCAUGUUCUUCGUUUCUCUGGUGAGACGGAAAGUGUUGAAGCAGGCCAAAGUUAAACCUUAUAUUCCCGAUUUCAAGACUGCCUUCGAACAUUUCUGUAUUCAUGCUGGUGGUAGAGCUGUGCUAGACGAGUUAGAAAAGAAUUUGCAACUCAGCAGUUGGCACAUGGAACCAUCAAGGAUGACAUUACACCGAUUCGGUAAUACGUCGAGCAGUUCGCUUUGGUACGAGUUAGCUUAUACUGAGGCAAAAGGACGGGUAUCGAGGGGUGACCGAGUUUGGCAAAUCGCUUUUGGUUCAGGCUUUAAAUGUAAUAGUGCUGUUUGGAGAGCCCUUAGAGAGAUUCCUGUUGGUGAGUGUACGACUAACCCAUGGGCUGACUCAGUAGAUCGUUAUCCAGUUAAGGUUCCAGUUGGCUAGUUGUGCUAGUGGCAACCUUUCACGGACGUGUACAUGGAAGUAGAAUUCGCUAUUCGGAUAUUCUAAUUGAUUCAUUUAUUAUUGGUUGUUACUGUGUGUAUAUGUUGCAUGUUGGGCGAAAAUAAGCUUAAGAAACAUGUAAGUUUGUUCUGGUAUCAUUCCAUUGUUGUGACCGAUACCCUUUUCUUGUAUGAUAUUUAUGACCGAUACCUUUUUCUUGUAUAAUAUUUACUGUGAAU